UUAUGCGGUGAAAAUGUCAAAGUUUAUGGAAAAGAACCCGAGUGAUGUUUUUCUGAUACUGCAGUUUGGAAGAUAUAGCUUUCAUGAAGGUAAGGCAUACGUGUCCAGUUCUUUUCAAAACAACACUUUGUAUCUUAACGAAAGCAUUGAUGAGCUAAUGAAUUUCCAAAACAGGUUACUUGAAAAAAGAACGGAUCUUGGUUCUUCAAGCCGUCAUUUUGGUUCAUCUCAAGCUGGCAAAACUAUUCAUGAUGAUUUUUUGGUUGAAACUGAAUUCAAGAACAUAGAUGAGGUUAAUAAAACUGAUGAGGAAAAGAAUGUGACUGUGCUUGGUACAGUGAUAAGUUUCCCUCAUGAUGUUGAAUGGUAUUACAAUUCUUGCAAGGAUUGUAAGAAGAAGGUUACUGUUUUGUAUUUUAUAAGCGAUGGAGAGGAUGGAUUAGAUUUAAAUGAGGAGAAGCAGAAAAUUCGAUGCAUAAAUGAUGUUUGCAAUCAAAAAGGUGUUUAUGUGGUUCCCAGGUAAAUUCCUAACUUUAUGAUAACUUUAAAAUGUUA